UCGGCUCCCAGGGUUUUCUCCAAAACGCUGGCAGUAGUAAUGGCGUACCUACGACGUCUCGGCGUAAUAAUAUUCCCCUACCUAGACGACUGCCUAAUCAGGGCGCCUUCAGCGGCAGAGGCUUUACGUGUGACACACCUCACAAAAACAGUUUUCGAAACCUUGGGCCUGAUCAUCAACAUCCCAGAGUCGGCCAUGACGCCGCACCAAUCGAUACAAUUCAUAGGAGCACAACUCGACUCAACCACUGCUCGUGCUCUCUUACCAAUAACCAGAUUUCAAGCAAUCCAAGAUCUUAUACAGGCCAUCAUCACCAGUCCCAAGCCCUCGGUCCUACAAUGUCUCAGGCUUAUGGGGCACAUGGCAGCCACGACAUACGUCGUCGAGCACGCAAGACUGCACUUCCGUUGUCUCCAGCACUGGAUAGCUACUGUUUACACUCCAAAUGUUCGAGACGUCCACAAACGAGUACCAUUUCCUGCUCACGUCAGAAAUUCUUUAGCAUGGUGGACAGUUCCCAAAAAUCUGAUGUCGGGUGUUCCAUUUCAUCGCCAACAGCCGACAACACAGCUGACCACCGAUGCAUCGUUACUAGGCUGGGGCGCACAUCUGGAACACAAUCAGGUACAAGGGCUUUGGUCCCCUCGGAGUCGAUGAUGCAUAUCAAUCUCCUAGAGCUCCGAGUGGUGCGCAAUGCCUGUCGUCACUUUCUCCCAAAGAUUCGUACUCAAACUGUCCGAAUCCUUUCCGACAACAUGACCACAGUAUAUUAUAUAAACAGGCAGGGCGGGGCCCGAUCCCGGUCACUUUGCGCUGAGGCAAUUGCCUUAUGGGAUUGGUGCAUCCUCCACAAAAUCUCCCUGAUUGCAGAAUACUUACCUGGUCAGCAGAAUUCUAUGGCCGAUGCACUGAGCAGACGCUUCUCCCUGAAGCACGAAUGGGAGCUCCAACCGGAAGUCCUCUCAACCAUAUUCCGUUCCUGGGGAUUUCCAACAGUGGACCUAUUUGCGACCCGAAUGAACGCCAAAUGCCCCCAAUACUGUUCAAGGGCAGGAAUGGGUCGGAACUCCAAGGGGGACGUGUUCCUAUACGAUUGGAGCCAUCAACUGCUGUAUGCAUGGCCAAGACAAACGUGGUUUCCUUACCUCCAUCAAAUGUCAGUGCGUCCUCCAUUCCCUCUGCCCAAGAGGCGCGACCUUCUUGUCCAGAACAAUCAACGUCUGUUCCAUCCCCAGAUCGACCUACUGGCACUGACAGCGUGGUUCCUAGUUGGUUCCAACAAACAGAAAUGAUCUGUUCACAGGAGGUCAAGCACAUUCUCUUAUAUAGCAGAAAAUUAUCUACGAGAUCCACUUACCUUCACAAAUGGGCACGGUUUUCAGCAUGGUGCUCAUCGGCAUCCCUGGACCCCUACUCCGUGCCCAUUCACCGUAUCCUAGACUACCUCGUGCAGCUCAAGAAUUCUUCUCUCAGCUGCGCCUCUAUUAAAGUGCACGUUGCCGCAAUCACUGUGUUACACCAUGCUGUAGAUGGUUAUUCAGUUUUCUCCCACCCGAUGAUGUGGUGCUUCAUGAAAGGCUUGACUAAUCUCUUCCCACACCGAACACGGCCAGCGCAGCCAUGGGAUCUAGAGCUAGUUCUUAACACGUUAACUCAAAAACCCUUUGAGCCCUUAGCCACAUGCGACUUGCGCACUCUCACAAUGAAAGUUACCUUUCUCAUUGCGAUAACUUCUGCAAGACGGGUUGGUGAGAUAGCUGCCUUAUCCGCUGUACCCCCAUACACAGUGUUUACCGAUCAAGGAGUCAUUUUACGUCCUCAACCCACUUUCCUUCCGAAAGUGAAUUCACAAUUUCACAUCAAUGAAUCAGUAGUACUUCCCACUUUCUAUCGAAAGCCCCAUGUCUCGGCAGAGCAAACUCGGUUACACACUCUGGAUGCCAGAUGUGCCCUGGCUUUCUACAUAGACAGGACUAGGUCCAUCAGGAAGACAAACAAUCUAUUCGUGUCUACAGCCGAUCGUUCUAAGGGUCAACCGUUGUCAGCACAGCGCAUUUUGUCAAUCAUAGUGAACUGCAUAAAGGAAUGCUAUACCCUACGUAGUAGACCACUGUUGCAGAAUCUGACA